AUGAUACGAUUUGUACUUUUAUUGUUAUUUUUGCUUUUUCAUAUAAUCGUUCAUGGUAUACAUUUUUCUACAUUAUCUGGACGAAAACCUAUAUCACCAUUUGAAGAAGUACUAACGAAUCAAGGAAAACACCACCGUCCAUUCCAAAAUAAAGUUCGUCGUAGUUCUAAAAGUCUCGGUGGCUACACUACUAAAGCUAAAGCUGACUACAUCGAUUCGUUACCAGGUAUACUCUCUUCCGAAAUUAAUUUUCGGCAAUUCUCCGGAUAUUUAACUAUUAGUAACAACACAAAACAUAUCUUCUAUUGGUUUGUCGAAAGUCAAAGUGAACCUGAGAGUAAACCAUUAAUAUGGUGGACUAAUGGAGGUCCCGGAUGCUCUGGUUUAAUUAGUUUAUUCGAAGAAUUCGGACCAUUCCGUGUUCAACCAGAUAACGUGACCUUGCUAAAAAAUCCUUAUUCAUGGAAUCGUGUGGCUAAUUUUUUGUUUGUCGAAAGUCCUAUUGGUACUGGUUUCAGUUACAGUGAUGUUCCGCACCGUGAUUAUGUUGAAUGGACUGACUUACAAACCGCACAAGAUAACUAUUUUGCAAUACAAGCAUUUUUUAACAAAUUUCCACAAUACAGAACGCAUGAUUUAUACCUUAGUUCGGAAUCAUACGGAGGGCAUUCAAACUAA